UAUUUCAAUUUUCGGUUAGUUGUCGGAGAGUCUUUUUCAGAUAGCCAAGUUAGGGAGCAAAACAUUCGAAUAUAACAAUUCUACAUACUAUUAAACUUACUUAGCAAUUGAGAUUAACGUUCAAUUAUUCAUUUGACUACUUCAAUUAGCAUCCUUGGAUAGGAACAAAUUUCGUUUUUCCCACCUUAGUGCACGUCCAUUCAAUCGCCAAUAAAGCAAAUCCCGAAGGCGCACAAGUAUCGCGUCUUAUUCAAAUCUCAAGUUACCACCAGUCCAAUAAAGUGAGUAAUUAUUGAAAUACGAUUUACCAUACGAGUUAUUCUUGUUUAUGCGAAAAGAGUGGCCAGUUGAAGAUCAGUUGACUAAGUAGAUUUGAAGACACAAAAGUUUCCUUAACACCACAAUGGGCUUUCGAGUUGUCGCGCUGAUUCUAUUUGUGUGCAUUAGUUGGAGUAAUGGAGAAGAGCAUACUCUGCCGUCGUACAUUAAACCUUGCAAUAGAACCGACCCGAAUAUCCACAAGUGCGUAGAAGAGAACAUUGAGAUCUUGAAACCCCAUCUAAAGGAAGGAAUUCCCGAUUUGUUCAUUCCAUCGCUGGAUCCACUGUUGAUACCGCCAACUUGUGUUAAUGAGGAGGAUCAAGUCAAAGUUAUUUUCACGGAUAUCCACAUCUUCCAUGCGGAUAAGUUCCAAUUGGAUCAAUUUGACCUUGAUUUGGAUCUUCAUAAAGUCAAUCUCAGCAUUACAUUUCCUCAUCUACGGAUCAAGUCCACUUACAAUGUUAAUGGAAAAUUCUGGAUCGUCACCUUUGAUGAACAAGGACCUGCUGAUGGAAACUACACCAAUUGCCAAGUCCACCUCGGCCUGAAAGGAACGCCAUUCACCAAAAACCACAAAGAGUACCUGAGAUGGGAAAAAGAAACAAUUUCGCUGGAAGUGGAAGAUUCGCAUGUGGUUCUUGAAAAGUUAUUUGGAAAUCACACCGACAUCAACGACAAAACCAAUAAAGUGAUCAAUGAGAAUAUUGAGGUGAUAAUCAAUGAUUUACAGCCGGUUAUUCAAAGAGUCGUGAGUGACUUUAUCUUCGGCGUUGUUAACAAACUGUUCGAAAAUUAUUCCGUUAAAGAACUCUUUGCAGAUUAAUUACGCGUUAUCAAACUAGUUAAGUUUUUAGUGUUUUAGGAUACUUUUUGUAUGUGUGAUUUAUUUCAGGUUUUGUUAAUAAAAUUUUUGGAAAUUC